AUGGCAAAACGACAAGCUGAUCAUGCUGAGGAUUCAAUUCAAGGCUACAUCCAUGAAGUCUCGCCAAUUAAAAUUAGUAGGGCCAACAAUCCUUAUUUCACAGGAAAAAUUCAAGUUAAUACAAACACAUUCCAGAAAAUCGUUUGUUUCGACCAAAGUAAGCAUGCUGAAUUGAAGAGCGCGAGUGCGGCCAGAACUCCUAUAAAACUCUGCGAUAUAAGAAAUGUGCCCAGCAGGGAGGACAGCAGUAAAAUCGACAUACUGGUCAACUCAAAGACAACAAUAAACGCUGUCAGAACAUUGGAUUUUCGCUGCCACAACGAUUCCAAUUCUGAAUGUUCCACUAAAACCAUUGAAGAAAUAGAAUUAACUCCCGAGAAAAACCAAAUUGUCAACUUCCUCAUCGUCAAUAACCAAGAAGACUUGAAAGACGACCCGGAUCGUAUUGAAGAUUUCCUACUAAACCAAGAAAAGAUCUCUGUGGAAUUCGGAAAGAAUAAUGUCAUCGAAAACAUACAAAUCGAACAUUAG